AUGACAGUGGUUACACUGCAUAUCAUAAAAGAUGCCACGGCCAUACCCGACAGUUGCCUUUGGGAUGGUGCCACGAUCCUGGACUGUUAUCAAAGGAAUCUUGAUCGCAUACCCACAAUCCCAUCGUCGGUGACAACCGUGAACUUGGAAAACGAUCGUAUUGAUGAAGGGGCCACUUCUUUGACGAUUCUGUCCCUCGAUAACAACUUGAUCCCGAAUCUCCAGGCCAUCCUGGGGAAGGACCUCAUCAACCUUCAUAGAUUGUCAAUGAAUCACAGUCUUUUUACAGCCAUGCAUAACACAACGUUUGUAGGACUCGGUAACUUAAAAAGUAUCCUUCUGAGUCACAACGAAAUCACAAUCCUGUUACCAGGAUGGUGUGACGGUGCUGACAAUGUCUCUCUGGUGGACUUAUCCGAUAACAAAAUCUCUUCCAUCGGUCGAACCAAUUGGUGCUUAUUUACACGCUUGGAAUCCUUAAACCUGUCAAAUAACAAAAUCAAUCGCUUACAGAGCAACUGGACAGAGGGUAUGGUUCACCUCCAGUAUCUUGACCUGCAAAAUAACAAUCUGAAAACUUUAAAGAAAGGCUCUUUCAGUUUCCUAACAGCCCUCUUAGACUUGCAACUCGGAAACAAUUCUAUCAGGAAGGUUGAGGUUGGUUGGGGACGGGAUCUUGGUAAGCUGACGACACUUCAGCUUUCCCAAAAUAAACUCAAGAAACUGCAGCCAAGGUUGUUCUCCGGCAUGGUCCGCCUGACCCGGAUUGAUAUACAAGCAGCGAAUAUUAGGAGAAUUCAUCAAGGUUCAUUCCAGUUUUUAGAAGGUCUUGCAGAAAUAACAUUACAAUAUAAUUCUAUGACAACAAUCCGCAAAGGGGUUUUCUCCAAUCUGAGGUCAGUGGUAAGACUCACACUUCAGUCCAAUAAGAUCUCUCACAUAGAGCCUAGAUCUUUUUGUGGAAUGGUUCACCUUCGCCGGUCUUCGCAUGCUGACGCACCUCGAUCUGCAAAAUAA